GAAGUUUCAAAUACUUCCGGGGCAUCACAACAACAACCAAAAUGGCUGAGGCGGGGAGAGAUGACCGCGAGAAACGGGUAAUUAAAGACGCACCCAAAGCUUGGAAAGCGGACAUAUGGGCACAUUUCGGUUUCUACGAAGUCAACGGGAAACUUGACAAGACUUACGCAGUGUGUAAAACGUGCCACACUAAAAUCAAGCACGUUGGCAAUACAACUAACUUCACAAACCAUGUUGAUCGUUGGCAUCCUGAGUUGGCUUCAACAACAACAACAACACAAAAAGUCGACACAAAACAGCCAAGAAUUGACGAGUCGCUAAUGUCAACGUUGCCACACAACUCCGAGAGAGCUAAGAAGAUUACACGAUCGGUGGCAUGUUUUAUAGCAAAGGAUCUACGUCCCUAUUCAGUGGUUGAAAAUGCGGGGUUUCGCCACAUGCUUAAAACAAUUGAGCCCCGGUAUAAGCUACCGACAAGAGCUACCUUCACUGAUUCUGCGCUUCCCGCAUUGUACAAAGAAACCAAAGCAAAGGUAAUGGAAUCAAUGUGUAAAGCCAGUCGUGUAGCCAUUACAAGUGAUGCCUGGACUUCAGUCGCAACAGAUUCCUAUGUAACUAUAACGGCACAUUAUAUUAGCGAGGAUUGGCAGAUUGUAUCACAUGUGCUGCAGACGAAAGCAGUUUAUGAAAGCCACACUGGUGCUCAUAUGGCGAAGCUACUUUUGGAUGUUGUGGAGGAAUGGCAGCUAACAGAAAAAAGUGUUGUGCUUGUGACGGACAACGCCGCUAAUAUGAUUAGUGCUGCUGAAAUUGGUAAGUUCCCUCACGUUAAAUGCUUCGCGCAUACGUUGAACCUCGCUGCGCAACGGGCGCUUAAGCUACCGACGGUCUCCAGGCUUCUGGGCAGAGUCCGACGUAUCUCAGCAUACUUUCACCGCAGCACAAAGGCAAAGCACCUGUUUGAAGAAAACCAGAGAGUUGUUCUUAAACUGACAAGUCCACUUAAAUUGAUAACUGAUGUACCCACAAGGUGGAAUAGUGCUCAUGAUAUGAUGGAGAGGUUUUUGCAACUUCAAGCUGCUUUGCAUGCCACCCUGCUGUCACCUGCCCUAAAUGUAGAUGAAAGUGACAUUGUCACUCUCAGCAGAUCAGAUCUGGCUAACGUGGAGGAAGUAGUGAAGACAUUAAAACCAGUGAAGGAUGCCACUGUUUUUAUGUCAGAGGAGAGUAGUCCUACAGCCAGCCUCAUUGCACCAGUAUAUGCCCAACUCCUCCAGAGCAUGUCAGACAGUAUUGGAGAUCAACCACUGAUCCGCGAUGUGAAGAAUGCUAUCAAAACAGAUCUCCUUAAACGGUACAACAGCGGGGCAGACAAGAAGAUCCUGUAUACAUCCUCUGCCCUGGAUCCUCGCUUUAAGGGGUUACCUUUUCUGACAGAGGAGGAGAGAUUGGAUGUCUCAGCAGGAGUGACUUCAGAGGCUGCAUCCCUGGAGUAUGAGAGAAGACAGAGGACAAAAGCAGAUGAAGCGCAUGGCGAAACAGGAAGUUUAGGAUCCAAUGAAGAAUUGCUGUCUGUGGAUGACAAUGUGUCAGACUCAGCAGGCCCCUCUGCUCCCAAAAGAAGGGCCUCAUCAUCACUCAUCAGUUUGCUGGGACCUGCUUUCAAUGACAUCAGUGAUCCUGAAGUACAAAGUAAGACCGCCGAUGCCAGUGCUGAGGAGGAAAUGGACUUGUACUGUAGAUCCCCAGCGGUGUCUCUCUCUGAGGAUCCCUUGGACUGGUGGCUUCGCCAUAAGGGCACAUUUCCUCUCCUCUCUAGGUUGGCAAAGAGAUACUUGUGCAUCCCAGGGACAAGUGUGUCAGCAGAGAGAGUGUUCUCCACUGCAGGAGAUGUUAUCACUGCAAAAAGAAGCGCUCUCAAACCGGACCAUGUUGAUCAGCUUGUGUUCUUGCACAAGAACCUUGAAAUUCCCAAAUGCUGAACAGUGAGAAGUUAUGAUGUAGGCUUAGGUCAAACUAUAUAUUUCCUCACUCUGAAGACACAGAAUGUUGUUGAUAGUUAUGUUGAACUAAGACCGAAGAUGUUGUUUGCACAUAUUUGGUAGUAGGCUAAGCCUACACUUUUUUAUUUUUGUUUACAUUACAAUGUAUUUCACAUCUUGAUAUUUUGUUGUAUGCAGCUGAUGUGAUUGCAAGAUAGGAUUCUCAUCUCAGGUUUGUCUUAAAGCUGCUAAGCUGCAAUUUUGUUGUGAAUUGUUGCACUUUUGACUUUACUACUUGAAAAAAGUUUGACAGUAAUAAGUGGUUACUGUGUGUUGCACUGAAUAUUUUUAUUGCUGGGUGCCUGUUACACUAAUGUGACUGUGAUUACUGAUUAAUGUUUGCACAGGAGUUCAGGAAGUGCUGCUAUUUUACUGUGUGUAAAAAAACUUAUGGUCACUUCUGGAAAAAGUUGGCUGUUAUUGCUCUAUUUAAUUUCAAACGGUUCUAAAGCAGAGAGAGAAAAGAAAAAAUUCUCAAAGCACUAAAAGCGGUUUAUUUUCUUUUUUAGGUUUUAAAUGCCAUUCUAUCCAAUACACCCUGUACCAUUUUAUUUUAUGACAUUUAUGUCAAAGAUACAGGAGAGUGACAGUACACACACAUAGCAGCCAAUAAAAUCUUUUUUUAAAAUAUCUGACUGCUUCAGUGCUUGUAUUGCCUCAUGACUGAUGAAAAUUUGCCUUGUUGUGUGCAGUAGAAUUUCGAUGCAUCGCAAUGCAUCGUAGAAUCGAAUCGAAUUGAAUCGUUACCUGGUGAAUCGUAAUUGAAUCGAAUUGUGAGGG